AUGUCUACAAAUCAUCUCCAUACCACGGUCGUCGACAACGCCCUCACUGGAUCACUCUCCGCCUUCACCAUAUCCCAUUCGCCCUGCCCGCUCUUCGACCGCCUCCCCGCCGAGCUGGCCGAAAAGAUCUUCAGCUUGAUCCCGAUCAGCGACCUCCACCUCGAACUCACGCACGGCGAAAAAUGGAUGCGGAAUCCCCUGACUGGAUCUCCCGCUAUCGCCGUCAGUGCCAGAGACUGGAGAGUACUGCUCGCCAGCCUGCGCGUUUCGAAGACCUUCUGUCGAUUCAUGAAAGCUGCGAUUCGCCACCAGCAGGUCAACUCGGGCAUUGCUGCUGUUGUCAUACUGCCUAGCUAUACUCGCAUUUUGAGGCAGAUUAGCGACUUUGUGGCUCCUGGAACUUUGACUGUGCCGCGCGAAUUUCUGGUCAACUUCAAGAAGCUCGAGAUCUGCUUGAUCUUCAUUCUGAUCCCGCCUAUUCUCGGUUGUCGGCCAGACCCGAAUCCACGCAGGAAGUUCCCGUUCUACGUCAAGAUCAUCAUUAGUGGCCUGGGCCAGCAAAACACACCAGGAGACCCGAAUCAAGCGCCCUACACAGGGCCGGACGUCCGUGUGGAAGCGCCAGCAAGCAGCGAUGCGGAAGUCCCGACUCACGAAUGGAACAUCGAAGGAUACGCGCAGGCUCUGAAGAGUUUGAACAAGCCGGAAAUUCGAACGCAAAUCCUCCCGGCGGUCAGUUCUCACCGCGGCUUUGAACAGGCACUCAAGGUCGAUAUCGUUGCCGCCGAACAACUCGGCUACCUCCACUACUCUCCUCGAGUACGCUCCGAAACCAGACUCCUCUCGGCGCUCUACUUUUCCGGGGCUAUGCAACCCGAUCUGGCCAACAAUUCGGUUUCGGUCAACAGACCUCAGGGAGGCCGUCACAUCGUGGCUGUGGGCUCGCAAGACGGACGUAUACUCCUCGACUCAACAUCCGUAGUGAUGGGACUGCUCCGCUAUGGACAAUAUGUCAAGUUCCAUCACGUCUGUCGUGAUAAUAUGAAUCACAAAUGA